AAACUUCACAAAUAUUGGAUAUGCAAGCAUAAUGAUUAAAACCUCGUGUUCAAGAAGGUAUAAGCCCUAAGAAUUGAGUAAGCUGUAAUCUCCUCGGCUACUUACCUGAUUGGAACAUGGAGUGUAUAUUUUUAAUUUUAAACUUUGUAGCUGGGAGGGGAAGUAGUAGCCGGGGGAUUCGUAGCUGGGGAAGGGCUGGUUGUGGUUGGUAAGCCAUAUUGAGUGCGGAAAUUUUUAGAAAACCACUUUGGCAAGGUUUUAUCAGAAUUUAUAAUUUCAUACCAGAAAUUUGUAAGUUCACCACCCCUUAGUGUAGAAAUUAUCAGCUAACAAUUGUACAGGUAUUCAGCCCUCUAGCCGAUAGAAUACUGACGCCAACAAUGAUAUUUUGAUGGAGCUAAUCGUUCUGAUUUGAACUUGCCUUUUCAUUUUCAUACUCUUUCCACAUUCAGUUCAAAUUUUAGCAUUAAUUUUCGUUAGAUAAUAUGCACCAACUAAAAACACUAGGUUAUAGUUCGUAUAAGGUGCUCUUAGUAAAGUGGCUUGUUAAAGUCUUUUAGGUCCUCAGUCAAAGCCAUUCUCUUUUAAUGCUUUCACUAGUUUACUUUAAGUCAGCCUUCAGAAAUUGAUCUCAACCUGUUUAAAAUUCUUGUGAUAAUAAUUCAGUUCUCUUUUAUGGCCUAUUUUGAGCAUAGAGAUGAUUUGAGGGUUGCCAAGAAACAAUGUCAGGUGUGAAUGUUAUUACUUACUAAGUCUCGUUUUCAUGUUACCUCUGAGUCACCAGAAUUUUAUUACGAAACAAGAUGGACGACUGACAGAAAAUUAAUGUUUCAAGGAUGUGUAAACUUUGUUAUCAUCGUUUAAUGUUUCUCACGAGACAUAUCAUCAUUAUAAAGAAACCUAAAUUGUGCAAGUUGAAAUUUUUGAAUAGAAUAUGAACAUGGAGGCUGAAGACUUCAUUCGUUUCAAGGAAGAUGAGCGGACAAGAAGGGCGAAGAAUUCUUCCUGUCUUUCAAAUCCAGUAGUGACCGUUACAGUUUCGUGUAUUUUGUCAACAGCGAUUGGUUUUUUGAUUGCAAGCAUGUCUCAUAAAGUUGACUUGAACUCAUUUAUGAAUAUUGCUCAAACUAAAUACAAUGGCCUCUUUGGUUACGAAAAGAAAUCUAGUUUUAAAAAUGCAUUAAUUGUUUCGCUCUUGGAUCAGCCCCACCACCACAGCGAAGGAUUGGCUCAGAAAAAGAAUUUCAAUAUUAUAAUCGCAUCAACUUCACUGGAAAAACGAGAAACUGGGGUUGGAACCACUGCUGUUCCAUUGCACCCUGAGGCCAAUGCAGCAUUGAAACUAGCAGCACAGAUGAAAGCUCAAGGAAGAAAAGAAAAGGCUCGCAAGUUGUUGAAGCAGUGCAAAUCACUAAGUCCGCAUCACCCAGAUGUUCUCAAUGACUAUGGGGAAGCUGUGGAGGAUGAUGAUGUUGUCGAUGCGGAGCAUCAUUAUGCCCUUGCGUUAGUAUUUAAUCCAGGACAUGUAAAAGCAAUGAAAAAUAGAAUAAGGACGUUGCCUCUUGUGAAGCAGCGAGAUAUGGACAUGCUGAGCAGAAUCGAAGUAAAACGAGAAGCGCUGAUGCAGAUUCCCGAGGGAAACGCUGCGUUACAACGGGCGAAAAUGGAGGCGUAUUACAAGCAUAUCUAUCAUUCUAAUGCAAUUGAAGGUAACACUAUGACGUUAUCGAUGACAAGGGCUAUUGUUGAGAGUGGGAUCGCGAUUGGUGGAAAGAGUGUUAUGGAACAUAAUGAGGUCAUCGGGCUUGAUGCUGCGUUGAAAUACAUGAACACAACUUUGUUACCCCGGGUGGGGAAUAUUGGUGUCAAGGACAUUAUUGAACUGCAUCGUAGAGUUUUGGGACAUGUUGAUCCCCUCGAAGCUGGAAUUUUUCGGAAAACACAAGUUUAUGUUGGUGAUCACGUUCCACCACAUCCUUCUGAUGUUGACAGACUAAUGCAAGAUUUCGAUAACUGGUUGUACUCAAGGGAGGCUGGCCUCCUUCACCCUAUCGAGCUUGCCAGUCUUGCUCAUUAUAAAUUGGUCCAUAUCCACCCAUUCACGGAUGGAAAUGGUAGAACUUCCCGAUUACUAAUGAAUUUAUUUCUAAUGCAGGCUGGGUACCCUCCAGUCAUAGUUCGUAAAGAACAGCGAUUUGACUAUUAUGACUACUUACAGCAAGGGAAUCUUGGUGAUAUCAGGCCUUUUAUAAGAUUUGUUGCACGCUGCACUGAACACACUUUAGAUGAAUUUUUAUCCGCAGUUACAAUAUAUCCAGCAAAAUCGAGAUAUCGCCGCAUUGUUGAUAACCACAAACCCGCAGAUAUGGACACUCUCAGGUCCUACAAACAGGAAAACGGUGAAGAAGAUAGUGAAAAUGGGGUCUGCAUCAACCCAGCGCAACAUAGACAAUGCUUAUAUACUAAUCUGCAGCAAUGUCGUAUAAAAGCUUAAUAGCUGCUUUAUUUAUAUAUUUGAAUGCUUUGGCUAACUUAAUAUUUUAUAUGCUUAUAUGAUGUCUUUCUGAAGUGA